UGACAGUCGGCCAGGCUGCCGAUGGGAUCACGUGACUGCCCCCCCCGCCGUGACGUCACCGCAAACCCCGGAAGAGAGCGCUGCGUUUCUGGGAAGCCUCAGUCGCGCGUGAGCGGGGCACGUGAUCAGCAUGAGCGAUGGCUCCCAUCAGGCGGAGUCUGGCACUCAGCUCCUGGCCCGACUGGAAGGCCGCACAUCCCUGAAGGGCCUUGAGCCGCUGCUGUUUGCUGAUGAAGGCUGCCCAGUUCAUGGUGAAGUUGUUGAAUUGUACGGCCCGGAAGGCACAGGAAAGACAGAGAUGCUUUGCCAUUUAAUAGCACGCUGUAUUCUGCCAAAGUCGGAAGGCGGUCUUCAGGUGGAAGUGAUCUAUAUAGACACAGACUAUCACUUCGAUAUGCUCCGCCUGGUCACUAUACUUGAGCACCGGCUGUCGGAGAAUACUGAAGAAGCUGUAAAGCAGUGCCUGGGCCGGUUCUUCCUGGUGUACUGCAAUAGCAGCGUCCAACUGCUGCUGACACUCUAUUCCCUCGAAAACAUGUUUUGUAGUCACCCGUCUCUUUGCCUCUUGAUCAUAGACAGCAUAUCCGCCUUUUACUGGAUAGACAGGAAUAACGGAGGCGAGACCUUUGUGAGGCAAGAAAUGAACCUGCGGAAAUGCACCGAGCUGCUCAGUAAACUGCUGAAAGAAUACCAGUUGGUUCUGUUUGCGUCAACCCAAGCCAUCAUGCAGAAGCCUCCAAACGAGGGCGGUGAAGGACAUUCACGUUCAGUCAAGCAGAACAGCUCCAGCUUGGACUACAAGCCUUACCUUUGCAAACUGUGGCAGCAGGUCGCAACCCAUCGGGUUCUCUUUUCAAAAGAACUAAGGAAUAACGAGCAGAUCUAUUCCAUCAUGUCCUGCCAUCUGAAAACGAGAAAUGGCGUCAAACGUUCUUUUCGAAUUGCAGAAUCAGGGGUUCAGUUUCUCUGAUGAUUGAUUUAGAGCCACGGUGCUUUUCGUUCAUAGCGGGGGUGCUCUGUCCGUGGCAGAAAGAAAUGGUCCUGUGUUCUAUUAGCCUUUUAUUCACAGUAUCUGUGAGUUUCCUCUUGUUACUUUUGUAGCUGAAAGUCCUUUUAGAAGUAGAACUUAAAGGGGUUGUUCACCUUUAAAUGAACUUUUAGAAUGAUGUAGAGAGGGAUAUUCUGAUACAAUUUGUCACAGAAAAAAAAAUCUGCUAGGGCCCAAAUUCCGCUAGCAACCAUGCAUUGAUUUGAAGAAGAGACUGGAAUAUGAAAAGGAGAGGCCUGAAUAGAAAGGAGGGUAAUAAAAAGUAGCAAUAACAAUAAAUGUGGAGCCUUACAGAGCAUUUGUUUUUA